UAAUAGACUAAUAACAAUAAUGAUCAUUCCUUUCUGCUACAAAAUCACUGUGGCCUGCACUGGCAGAAAUGUGACAUUAACGAGUCCUUGGAGCAAAUAUUUGUGGUUUGAUUUGUUCAUGAAAAUGCUUUGGCACUCACGUUGAAACUCUGUGUAGACCUCCCUCUUUCACUCUCUCUCUAUCCCUCUCUCUCCCUCUGUCUGUGCAUAUACUCUGCUAUAUUCCGCUCACUACAUAGUCGCGGUUAACGUGCGUGCGGUUGCCAGGAGAGACGCGCGUACAGUUGGCUACGGCGUACAGCUGUAACGGCAGAGCGGUAAUAAGGGCUCUCCCCCCGCCAUUUCCUCUUGUCAAUCCCUGGAAUGUCGAGUAGCGGCUCGGGCUCUUCCUCGCGGAAGGAGUUCGAUGUGAAGCAGAUCCUCAGGAUCCGAUGGAGGUGGUUCGGUCACCCCGCUGUCCCUCCGCCUCAAUCCCCGACGCUCGGAGACUACUUCGCUGGGAGGAGAGCGGGCGGCAUCUCCACAGACGGACCUUCAGUAAGCGGCUGUAGCACCUCGAACCCCAGCGCCGGGGGGGGUCACAGCGGGCUGGUCGCGAGCGGCAGCGCUGGUUCUAACCUGUGUAACAGCAGCAACAGAAAGUUUGCUGAUCCGGCGGGGAGUCGGGGCGGUGGAGCAACGGGCAGCUCCUGUCCCCGCUCCUUCAGCCAGCCAGAGUGCAGAAGCCCCGCCGCGGCGUUGUCGUGGGUUUCCCCGCCGCUUCAUCGUCGCUCCCGUCCGGCGACGAGCAUGGAGACCCCUGGCGAUGCCCCGGUGCCCCGGCUGGAACCCGAGCCACUCGCUCACGUCGGGGUUGAGGAGGAGGCGGUGGCGGUGGCACCGGCAGCGUCUGGCACCGAAGACAACAACAACCACCCGGAAACCGACUCCAGCUCCUGCAGGACGUCUAACAGCAGCGCCACACUGUCCUCAUGUGUGUCGAUGGAGCCAUGUGCAUGUCCAGAGGAGUGUAUGUUCACCGCUCUGUCCCACGCCGACGUCACCUUCCGUAAGAUGGAGGGCUACCUGAGGUCCCGACAGCUGUGUGAUGUCAUACUGGUGGCUGGAGACAGGCGGAUACCUGCACACAGACUUGUCCUCUCAUCCGUGUCGGACUACUUUGCGGCCAUGUUCACCAGUGAUGUGAGGGAGGCCAAGCAGGACGAGGUGAAGAUGGAAGGAGUGGACCCUGAUGCAUUGUGGGUACUUGUGCAGUAUGCAUACACAGGCCGUCUCGAGUUGAGGGAGGACACCAUCGAGUCUGUGCUGUCAGCCUCCUGCCUGCUGCAGUUGUCAUCGGUGGUUCAGGCCUGCUGUUCGUUCCUCAUGAAGCAGCUGCACCCUUCCAACUGUCUGGGUAUCCGCUCCUACGCCGACGCUCAGGGCUGCAAUGACCUGCAGAGGGCCGCUCACGCCUACACCAUGGAACACUUUUUGGAGGUGGUGGGAGGCCAGGAGUUCCUGUUGCUUCCUGUGGAGGAGAUGGAGAGGCUGAUCACGUCUGAUGACGUCAACGUGCCAGAUGAAGAAACUGUGGUAACCUCUUUGCUAACGUGGGUCCUUCAUGACACAGACACGCGACAACAUCACCUACCCUUGCUGCUGGCUCACAUACGACUGCCACUGCUGCAGACACAGUUCUUGGCGGACUUGGAGUCCAACCCUCUGCUCCGGGACAGUAUGGAGUGCCAGCGGCUGCUGAUGGAAGGGAUGAAGUAUCAACUCUUGCCUCAGCGCCAGCCCCAGCUUCAGAGUCCCCGCACCCGGCCCCGCAAGGCAACUGUUGGGGCAAUGUUCGCCGUAGGGGGCAUGGACGCUACGAAAGGUGCUACCAGUAUCGAGCAGUACUGUCUGCGUCGGGACACAUGGAGGCAGGUAGCCACCAUGAGUGGACGGAGACUACAGUUUGGUGUAGCUGUCCUUGAUGGCCGUCUCUAUGUGGUUGGCGGCCGAGAUGGACUCAAGACCCUAAACACUGUGGAGUGUUACAACCCGCACAGCAAGUCCUGGAGCGUCAUGCCUCCCAUGUCCACCCACAGGCAUGGCUUAGGCGUAGCUGUCCUAGAGGGGCCCAUGUACGCAGUAGGAGGACAUGACGGCUGGAGCUACCUCAGCACAGUGGAAAGAUGGGACCCCCAAGCUCGCCAGUGGAGCUUUGUUGCAAGUAUGGCUACACCAAGAAGCACAGUGGGAGUAGCUGUACUCAAUGGCAAGCUAUAUGCAGUAGGAGGACGUGACGGCUCAUCCUGCCUGCGUUCAGUGGAGUGUUUCGACCCCCACACCAACAGGUGGAAUGGUUGUGCUCCCAUGGCUAAAAGGCGUGGAGGUGUGGGUGUGGCCACAUGGCAUGGCUUCCUGUACGCCAUCGGAGGUCAUGAUGCUCCGGCCUCAUCCCUUGCAUCUCGGCUAAGUGACUGUGUGGAGAGGUAUGACCCUCAGACAGAUGUGUGGACGGCAGUUGCCCCCAUGAGCAUCAGCCGAGAUGCCGUUGGUGUUUGUCUCCUUGGUGACCGCCUCUAUGCUGUGGGUGGUUAUAACGGGCAGGUGUAUCUCAAUGCUGUGGAAGCCUAUGACCCUCAGACAAACGAGUGGACACAGGUAGCACCUCUGUGUCUGGGAAGGGCAGGAGCAUGUGUGGUGGCUGUCAGACUGUGAAAACUCAAACACCAACAUCAGAUAUGGCAGACUGUGCAUGAUGUGGCUCAGAUGCUCUGUGUUACCGCUGACAUGGUCACUGAAGUUACACCAAGAAACCCAUCUGCCUGCCAGCAUGUGACCAACAAUGGGAAGUGAGAGACUGAUUACUAAACACACUUUGGGUUUUACAAUUUGGCAAAGUCAGAUUUAACUCUCCUGAAUGACAUGACCAUUAUUCAUCUUAAUGUUUAUGGUUAGGUUAGGGUUAAAUCAUGUGUCAGGUUUCUGAUAAAAUUUUCAUAUAUGAACAUCCUGAUAACUUCUCCCUCAGUAGUGAAACAAUACUGACAUAAUGAAGAAGAAUCUGUAGUGUUUAUCUCUGCAUGAUAGAACACCUUUAUCUCA